AUGGACGCCCUUGUACGAAAAAAAAAGUGGGAUACAGUUAUUUUGGACGUAUUCGGAAAAACCGGCUAUCCAUCACCACCACCACGAUUGAUUCAACUGCACCGCCCAGGUCGAACAAUCCCAUACUCGGAUCCCAUCGGAUCCAAUAUAGGAUUUUAUCAGAUCCUACAGGAAUUCGAUGGUCUCGGAUCUCGUCGGAUCCGAAACAUGGAUUCCCUGGAUUUUCUAAGGUCGGAUUCCAAUACAAUUCCGUUUCCAGGAAUCCGAUCGGAUCCAGCAUCGGAUUUGUUGACCUGGGCGUUAGCCAUUACAAAAGUACCAGUGGGCCUACCUCACAACAGUAAAUUCUUACCAAUCCCAGGUCGAUCAUUCCGGCGACUGGAUCCGUUGAAAUCUGAGCCGGUUCCGGUACAGCUCUUCUCGAUUCCGGCCGGAAUCCGGUGUUUGACAUUAACUAAUGAUAUUUCACCUGCAAAAAUUGAUCCAGUUUUAACUUAUUCCACACCAGUCAAAGUGGAUCAACCAAUUAUUGUUUUAUCGCCAUCGACUAACUAUCCAUCAAUAAACGAUAACAUUUUACCGUUCACAAAUGACAGUCAAGCAAAUGACAUGAAACUGGUUUGUGGUGACGAGAAUGUUAUAGACGACGAGUCAAUGGAACAAUAUGAUGUUGAAGACAGUUAUUUGGAAAAUUUAAAAGAAGAGAUUGAUGUUUUAGUGAAACAAUUGGAUGUGCGAAUGACCACAAUGUAG